AUGUCCCCUACCACACCCGACGAACCUGCGCUUGGCGCAUCCAAACCCAAAAUCAUCUCUGUCUUCUAUGACGAGGAUGACAACCCCCUCGACGCUACGGCAGCUACUGGUCGCCCUGUCCUUUGUCUUGACAAAGCAGGCAAGAUCAUCCUUGGCCCUGUUCCUUCUACCAUCGACAUCACUGUUCCUAUCCAGUCAGACGACAAAGGCACCUCCUACCCCGGCCACCAGCUCCCUCCUCAUAUGCUCUCUGGCCCCACCCCACGAGCGCCAGCCUCGGAGAGUCAGACGUCUAGCCAGGAUAGUCUUCGGCUCAGUGACCUCCAGCGAGCCCAGGUUGAUCCCCCCAAGCUCCCCUCGUUGUCAUCCCUCUGCACAUCCAACCUUGGCGUGGUACGUCAUCUCCAUGACCUCCAAAAGUACUUCGUCGAAUACAACUCUCGUUUCUCCGACAGCACCCCGUCUACUCCUCAGUGGCGAGUUGGUCAAGCGAAGUCUAUGGCCAAGGUCGACGCCUAUCAUUACUGGUCUAUGGUGACUGGCGCUGCUUGUGUUUCGUGGGAGAGUUGGCAAGACGAAUUCAGGAAGAAGGCCCUUUCGCCCAACUGGGAGUCUGAAACCCGGCGAGUGUUUGAAGGCUUGCAGUGUCAGGGAUCCACUUUGGCGGCGUGGACGGCUGAUUGUCUCGGCGCCAUCACGGAAUCGGACAUGCACCAAAAACUCUUGUUUGGUCUCCCCUCGCAUAUCCUUACCCGUGUCGAGGAUCGCCUUGAAGACCGAGGCCUUGGUCGUUCCGUUAUCUCCCUUCCCCUUCUGUGUUCUAUUAUUGAUCGCAUGUUCCGCACUGAGCACCCCACUCCUCCUCCCGCCGCCUAUUCAUCUACGACUCGGCAGUUUCGUCCCGCCCCCGCUGCAACACCUCGUCCCUCAGCGUCGUCAGCUGUUCCUACCACCUUGUCCAACGCUCCCACCCAUCUCAAUGGCCGUCCCUUGACGCCCAAGGAGCAAGGUUGGAUUACCAACAGGAAACUUCCUGCCAAAUCUACCGACGCCGGUGACCGAGCCCGAGACUUCCUCGAUAAGAACAAACUUUGCUAUUUCUGCCGCAAGGCAGGGCAAAUGAGUGGCCAGUGCCCUCGUCGUCUAGAGGAGGCUGUUGUGGCCCACGUCAACAUCGACAACAUCGACGAGGAAGGCGAUAUGUUCUAUGCUGCGGUCGAGAAUGAUAUCGACGCCGCUGUAAGAGGUGGUGUUCCUCUUCACUGGCGGCGGCGACGGGGGGAGAACGGCGGUAGUCUUAGCUAUGAGCUAGCAGGACGGAAGAACGGCGAGGAACAGCGAAGAACAGCAGAGAACAGCGAGGGCUCAAGCGGGGGCGGUGCAACCUGA